UCCGCCGGCGGCGCCAUGCGGAAAGGGCUGGGUGUUGGGGCCCGGCGCGGCCGGGGAGGGGGGGGCCCGGAGCCCAGCGCCCCCCCGCGCCUCCUCGUCCUUCUGCUGCUGCUGCUGCUGGCGGUCGGCGCCGGCCUGUACCUGGGCUGGGGGUCCGGGGCCGGCGGGGGGCAGCCGCGGGGCCCGCCCAGCGCGCAGCUUGGCCACAAGCCCCGGAGCCUCUCCAGCAGCCAGGUGAAGCGGCUGGCCUCCCUGGUGGACCUCCGGCGCCUCUGGAACUCCUUCCUGAAGCCCAUGCUGAUCGAGCGGUACCCGGGCAGCCCCGGGAACAGGAAGGUGCGGCAGUUCGUUGUGGAUAGCCUGGCCACGCUGGCUGCAGGCUGGCGGGUAGAGCUGGACGCCUUCGAGGACCAAACCCCGCGGGGUGUCGUAGGCUUUGCCAAUGUGGUGGCCACGCUGGACCCCACUGCCGGGCGGCGCUUGGUCCUGGCCUGCCACUAUGACUCCAAGUACUUCCCCCGUGACCGGCAGGGCCGCACCUUCCUGGGGGCCACCGACUCGGCCGUGCCCUGUGCCAUCCUGCUGGAACUGGCCACAGCCUUGGACGCGGAGCUGCUGAAGGCCAAGGAGCAGGGCUCCGAGGUGACGCUGCAGCUGUUGUUCCUGGACGGCGAGGAGGCCUUCGGGGAGUGGAGCGAGAGGGAUUCCCUGUACGGGGCGCGCCACCUGGCUGAGCACAUGGCCAAGGCUCAGCACCAGCUGGGCACCAGCCAGCUCCAGGCUAUGAGCCUGUUUGUCUUGCUGGACCUGCUGGGGGUCCGUCACCCGACCAUCCAGAACCACUUCCCCCUCACUGCCUCCUGGUUCGACCGGCUCAUUGGCAUCGGGAGCUCUGGUGUGAGCGGCCAGGUGUGGCCCCCUGUGGGGCUCGUCCCGCCGCGCCCCCAGCCUGGCAGGUCCCAGGAACCAGCCCAUUCCUCACCCUCUGCUUUGUGUCGCCCAGAGAAGCGUCUGCACCGGCUGGGCCUGCUGCAGUCCCACCCCCGGGAGCAGACGUACUUCCAGCGGGAGCCUGCCUAUGGGCCUGUCGAAGACGACCACGUCCCCUUCCUUCGCAAAGGAGUGCCGGUGCUGCACCUCAUCGCCACUCCUUUCCCGUGGGUCUGGCACACGAUGGAGGACACAGAGCAGAACCUGCACCCCCCGACCGUGGAGAACCUCUGCAAGAUCCUGGCUGCCUUCCUGGCCGAGUACCUGUGGCUGUGACUACCCAGAGCCUCCCAUGGCGAGGGGACCAACCCCUCCCUGGGCCUUACAGGAUCCUUCGCCCUUCCUGGGCAGAGCUCCAUGGGGCCAGCGGCCAAAACACCCUGGGGACCAGGCAAGGUGGCUUGCGGGGGCCCGGGCUGUGGCAGCCCCGCAGGGGCUUGCAGAGGUGUUACAGUGCUGGGAGGAUGGGAAGGGAGAUUGUGCUGAGUCUGUUCCGGGGCUGCAGCGGGGCUGUGGCCGGCCCAGGAGUGAAACCUUUUGCUUGAGCCCCUUGAGGCUGGGCCUUCCUGGGCUUUACAUGCCCUCCAGAGCUCCAGCCGCCGGGGCCUGGACUAGCCUCUUCCCAGCGGGGGGCCUGGAUCCCAGCUGGUUGCGUCCCCUGGGGUCCACGGCUCAGAAGCAGGAAUAACUGGGCUGAACCUGGACUGUGCCAGGGGCAGGAUACAGGGGGCUGCGGGGGGGCCAGACCUACGCUCUCUGCAGCGCGGCCUCCAGCUGCCGGCCCAUCAGGGGGUUGCUCCUGUUUACAGGGCCCAUCCAGCCCUGGGGUGCUGGGCUCCCAGCCUCGCUUGGGGGCUAAUCCACUGUUACUCUCGUAACAAAGAGCUGCCCCAUCAGUGCUGCUGCCCCCUUCCCAUAGCGCCCCCACAUGCUGGGCAGCCCUGGAAACUGUGGGGAUGGGACGCUGCUGCUGGCAUGGCUGUUCCCUCUGCUCCGGCCCCCUCCCGCCGGUCUCCAGCCGCAGCCCCAGCUCCCAUCACCGGGAGCAAGCCCCAGCUCCCCUUCCCUUCCUGCCGGGCCUGUCUGUGUGUGACCCAUGUGGAACCAGCACCGCCUUGGUUUCUCUCCACCUCCUUCCUCUGGACUGAGAGGUAGCACAGCCUAGUGGGCAGAGCACUUGACUGCACCCAUGGGAUCUGUUCCAUGCUCUGACACUAACUGGCCCUGUGAAUUUGGGUAAAACCCUUUCCCCUCCCUGUGCCUCAGUUUCCCCUCCCACCCAGUGUCUAGUUAGACUGGGAGCUCUUAGGGCAGGGACUGUCUGUCUCAUGCUCUGUGUGUACAGCACCUGCUGCAAGGGGGCUUCUUAGUGCUAAUCUGACAGACCAUAAUCACACCCUCUGAGCUCGCCCAGCCCAGCCCAGCGGUGGGGGGGUAGUUAUGGUUUAACAGGAGAUGAAAUGAUUCCUGGUGCUUCAACUUUUUAUGGACUGGAAGCUGGUUUAUUUUCACUGCUCAGUAGCUCCCAAGUAAAGCAAGUGCUAAGCCGCAGGGGCACUGGGUUAAAGGCAAAUUGCACUUGAAUUAAAAACCCCUUUGUGGGACUCUGCAACCCUCCCGCCGGGUCCUUCGCAGGCUGGUGGGUGAGAAGCGGGAGGCUGCCCCUUGCUGGGGGCCGGAGGUGCUGCUCAAGCAGGUAGAAGCCGCGGGCGGGGUCAGCGAUGGGUGCAGGGGCUGCCCCGAGGCUGCAGGGACUCAGGCUUCAAACUCAGGCCACUGGCUUAUGGCCUCGUAGAGAGCGUUCCUGGGGCAUUCGGUUGACUUCACAUCGCAAUGCCCCUUCAGGGUGUAGGUUUCACUCAGGAAGCCCCCGGAGACAGCACAUUGGAUCAGGCUCUUGGCAGCGGUCGGGAUGAUGUCGGGCUGUUUCUGCAGGACACCAGCAGCCCCCUGUUAAUUUCACACACCCCAGUCCCUCUCUGCUGUUCAGGGGUUGUGAAGGUGGCCUGAGUAAAUAAACACCCUCUGGCCACGUU